UUUACAUUCGGUCUACUGUCUGAAUUCCGUGCUUGAAGGCAAGAACGUCUGUGUUGUGGAAUGAUUACUACGAGACUGCAAGUCACCUAUUCUCUGUAUACUUGUCUUUUGGGGAAAACAAUCACAUCAGCAACCUGUUUUCAGAAAAGGAUAAAAUGUUGCGCGUCUCGCUUUGAAAGUGAGUUAACAGGCGAUUUGUUGACAUUUUACAGCAAGACACUUAGUAAACAUUUCUUCAAGCAAUAAAUCGCUCGGAUUCAUACAAAUGGCAAAGCGAAGUACUUUAUUUAUCAGAAUCGUUGAAGCGAAGAAUUUACCGGUUAAAGACAUCACCGGAAGCAGUGAUCCAUACUGCAUUGUAAGGAUCGACAAUGAGGCCAUCAUAAGGACAGCAACAAUUUGGAAGACGCUGUCUCCCUUUUGGGGGGAGGAAUACAACGUCCACCUUCCCCCCUCUUUCCACACGGUUUCCUUCCACCUUCUGGAUGAGGAUUCUCUCAGCCGAGAUGAUGUCAUCGGAAAGGUGUCCAUUUCCAAGGAGGUUCUCACCGCCAAACCUCAAGGGAUAGAUGGGUGGGUGAAUCUGACGGAAAUUGACCCUGAUGAGGAGGUGCAGGGGGAGAUCCACCUCCAGAUCUCUGUGCAGGGGGACGGCGAUGUCCCCAGAGCUCUGCGCUGCCAUGUCUUUGAGGCCAGAGAUCUGGCCAAAAAGGACCGCAAUGGAGCAUCAGACCCCUUUGUCAGAGUACGCUACAACGGCAAAACUCAGGAGAGUGCGGUUGUAAAGAAGUCCUGCUAUCCUCGCUGGAACGAAAGCUUUGAGUUUGAACUGGACGAGCUGCCCAGCGACGCCCCUCUGACCGUGGAGGUGUGGGACUGGGACCUGGUCAGUAAAAACGACUUCCUGGGAAAGGUUUUGUUCAACAUCAACAGGCUGCAGUCGGAACAGCAGGAAGAGGGCUGGUUCCGCCUGGGCCCAGAGAAACCCAAACACAGCCAGUAUGAGGGCACCCUGGGAUCCCUGCGGCUGCAGCUCAGACUCCGCGACGAGACCGUUCUGCCAUCGGGCCACUACCGGCCGCUCGUGGAGCUGCUGUGCCAGUCCGUGGGCACCUGUCUCAACGGUAACUGGCCAGACCUAAUGAUGCUAAUUGACGAGACCACUACGGCCGAAAGCCGACAGGAGGUGGCCACGAACCUCGUCAAGCUCUUCCUGGGCCAGGGAUUGGUGAAGGAGUUCCUGGACGUCCUGUUCAAGCUGGAGCUGGACAAGACCAGUGAGCCCAACACUCUCUUCCGUAGCAACUCCCUGGCAUCCAAAUCCAUGGAGUCCUUUUUAAAGGUGGCAGGUAUGCAGUACCUUCACAGGCUUCUCGCUCCCACCAUUAACCGUAUCUUUGAGGAGAAGAAGUACGUUGAGCUGGACCCCAACAAGGUGGAGCUGAAGGAGGCAGGGUGCGCCGGGCUCCACCGGACGCAGACGGAGGCCGACGUGAUUCAGCAGAGCGCCUCGCACCUCCAGUCCUACCUCACCGAGCUGCUGCACGCCAUCACCCGGUCCGCCGCCUACUGCCCCGCGGCCCUGUGCCAGGCCUUCCGCCAGCUCUACCAGCGCGUCCAAGAGCGCUUCCCUGGCAAGGAGUACCGGAAGGUGAAGUUCAUCGCUGUGACCAGCUUCCUGUGUCUGCGCUUCAUCUCUCCGGCCAUCAUGUCUCCCAAGCUGUUCCACCUCAGAGAAAAGCAUGCCGACGCCCGCACCAGCCGCACCCUCCUGCUGCUGGCCAAGGCCAUCCAAACCAUUGGCAAUCUGGACACCCUGGCCUGCUGCUCCAAGGAGCCCUGGAUGGUGCCUCUGCAGCCCGUCAUCCUUCAGGGCAUCACCCAUCUGAAGGACUUCAUCACCAGGCUGGUCAGCUUCGAGGAUCAGGAAGACCUGGGCCUCCAGACACGGAUGAGCCUUCAGUGCGGCACUAUGGAGAAGGAAGGCUUCCUCUUGCUCCACAGGACCAAAGACAAGUGCAUGCUGAUGACCUCGCCCUUUAAGAAGUAUUAUGUCACCCUCAGCAAAGACACCCUGUCCUACGCUCGCACCCAGCACUCCAAGAAGAGCUCCUUCAUUUCACUACCGAAAAUCCGGGCGGUGGAGAAGGUUGAGGAGAAGAGCUUUGGGAGCGCCAACGUCAUGCAGAUCAUCUCCAGCGAGGACAGCGGGCAGAUGGAAACCCUCUAUUUGGAUUGCAAGAGUGUGAAUGAGCUGAACCAGUGGCUUUCAGCCUUAAGGAAAGCCUGCAGUCACAACACGGAAACCAUGAACUCCUAUCACCCAGGGGUUUACAAGGGAGACAAAUGGAGUUGCUGCCACCAAAAGGACAAAACCGAUGCAGGAUGUGACAAAACAAGGCAUGGAGUCACCCUGCAGGAAUGGUAUGACCCUCUGGACCCUGACUUGGAAUCCCAGCUCAUUUAUCGACAUCUACUGGGAGUCAGAACAGUGAUGAGGGACAAAUACUUAGAGAUGACCAAAGCUGAAGAAGGCAAUGGCAAAGAUUCAGUGGCAGGUCAGGAGAAGUUGGAUGGUAUCGCCAGGUUCUUCAAAGUCCUGCAGGACCUGCAAGAUGCCCAUAGUGCUGUGGAGGAGGCAGAGCGUUCUCAGAAUAAAAACUUCCUCCUGGAGCUCCAGACGUAAAAGACUGAGGGGCGCAUGUUCUCAAACUACUGCCAGCCUGACCCCACCCACACACCCUCCCAAACGUAGACACACACACACACACACAUACACACACACGCGCGCACACACACACCAGACCUGGGUCAAAUACGAAUUUGUUUUGGAUUCAAAUACUUUUCUACACUUUACUGAUCUUGUCUUGUGUAUUGGAACCAAUGAAAUACUCUCAAAAAGUGAAAACCCUGACUUCUGGUUAUAUUGGCUGGCUCAAUUACACCAGGCAAGAUCAAGAGAGCACAGAAAAGUAUUUGAAUCCAAAACAAAUACUUACUUGACCCAGGUCUGACACGCACACUUACAUCACACCGACAAUGCCUCCACAAAGCCCAGCCCUUCUUCUGAUGCUCAGUACUCACAGUUCACUGCAACGGUGCCACUUUGGGACCAGGCAAGCCAGCUAGCUCCUACAGUCUCUACAUCCAUUCUGUAUUACUGUGUUUGGCUUUGUGUGUAUGCCCAGUCGCUGCCCUGUGCGAGGUGAAGAUGUUCCUGUCUCGUUUUUGCCCAUAGGCAUCCCUUUAAUGAUAGCAACACAGCCUCCUUGACAAUAUAUUGUGUGUAGCUUUAUAAACUUUUAAUUCACAUAGGACCAAAACGAUCAAUUCUCACCAUGUUUACAUAAACUGAUUUUUCUAUUGUGCAGUGCCCAGUUACACACGUUCAGACAUUCUGGAAAGAGUUGUCAUUUUCCCUUUUCUCCCUUUUCUGGGAGAAAUGACCUCUUGAUGUGCGCAGUGAUCACAGGAAAUAGUCAGUUUCGCAUAUACAGCAGUAUUUACUCUUGUAACUUUAAUGGAAAGAGAUGAAAGAUUCCAGUGGAGAGUUAACUGAUGAUCUACAAAGUGGUUGACCUUCUUCUUGAGAAUACUAUGUGAUGGCAGCUGUGACAUGCAGUUUGGAGUGACCAAUCAUAUCCUAUGGACAUUUACAACUUGGUUGCUACGAAGGAACUUACCACAAAUAGUAGCCCUGACUGGGAGUGAUCACCUGUAAGAAAUAGCUGUCCGAUUAACCUUUUUUAAAUUUUUAAAAACGUUUACACAAUUAAUUUCUGAUGAAAUUUCGAUUCAGUUUAUCUGUUCCUUGUUGUCAUUACUUAUUCUUGGGAGAUAUUUUUUACUUUUCAAAGGUAUUGGUAAUUUCUGGCAUUUGCACAAACAGACGCACUUUCUAUAAAAGACAGCGUGUAAAAAUCUUAAAUGGCACCUAGGACUGUAUGAAAUAAGUAUAGAAUUCCUUACUGUUCUUAACAUGUCUACCAAAUUAUUUAAUGUGUCAAACCACACAAAAAAAUAUUUUUAAAUGAACCUCAGGGGAAGACUUUGGUCAGAUACUCCAGGCAUGCAGAGACAAGUCAGUGGCCUUUUUAAGGUCGAUUCAUAAAUGCUUGUUCUAUCAGCCAAUUGCCUCCUCUCUUCUUUAUUUUUCACCCUAGAUGCCUUUUGGGUAAGUAUUGUAGCAUUUACGGGUGGUAAGGUCAGAUCAUGUUCAUUGUAAAUUUGCAACAGGAGCAAUUCAGCCAGAUUGGACAGACAAGAAAGAUCAUAAUGCCGCUGUUUGAAAUAGGAUGUGUGAGAAGGGGCGGGUCAACCAGGAAAACCCAAAUGAAUUAUGACCUUUCUUGUGAAUUAUGAAUUAACUAUGUUGAAUUCUCCAUAAUGCUGUUGCCAUGUAUUGUCUGUAUUGUCCAGUGUUUAUGUCUGUCUUAUUAUGUGGUAUGUACUGUCUACAGAAUAUUUAUGUUUGUUAGACUUGUGCUUUUUUAUAUUACACGGCUAUUGUAAUUGCCAGAUGAAUGUAACAUUGUAAGCCUAUUAAAUUCAGAAAUACAAUGAUUAUUUAUCGUGAACUAUUUAUAUCUAGAAUUUUAUAUUAUAAAAAUUAAUAUCAUAUUAAGGAAUAUAUUAUUAUUACCAGACAGUCAAUAUUGUUUAUGAAUGAUCACCUUAGUUUUACAUUUUCUUUAUUGUUUCUAAGUUCCCCAGCUGUGAAGUGCGGUUUUUUGGUCUCUGAGAAGAAGUCAACUGACAUGUACACAUGACACAUAGAUUAUAUAAACUACUAAUUCUCUCACAAGGGAUAUGUUACAUGUUUGUUGCUAUAAUGUAAGCACAAUAUCAGGACAAGCAACUGGUCAGGCUAAUAGUCCUCUGCCAGUUCUCUGUAGUACUGCAACACUGGUAUAUUUAUAUAUUUCUUGUUCAUGUCUAGCACAACUUUGGGAAACCAACCUCUUCUCAUUGUCAGAAAUAUUUGAUCGAACUUUAAUUAGAAUGUCCAAAUAUCCGCUGUGUAACGGAAUAAUGUUUGAUGUAAUGUAAAAUGUCCCGUGUUAAUUCAACUCUAACAGUCAUAGUGGGACCAAAUGUUAGAGCUGAAUUAACGCUAGACAUUUUACUGUGUAAAUACUCUUUAAGUACACGUUGUGACUAAACUUGGAACUGUGGCAUAAAUUGCAUGUUAGGAAAAUGGUUGGCCCCCACCACUCUCCGAUCCGCAGUAGUACUCCCAGCUUUUGUACUAAUUCAGGUUAUGGAAUUUUUAUGGUAUUAGAAUAUAUGUCUUUUUAUACAGUGCCAUGAAAUAAUAUUUGCCCCCUAA